AUGCCAAAUUUUUUUUGUAUAUACAGAGAAUUUGGAAUAUAUUCCUUCAAAAAAAUUUACAACCACCACCACCACCCACACACCACCCACACACCUCCACCAAUUUAUAUUCAAGAGACUUUAAGUUAUUUAUAUAUAGAAAACUCAAAUGAUAUCUAUCCAAAUUUGACGUUAAAAAAAAAAAAGAUAAUUCAAUCAAAUCAAUUUUUAUUCUUAAAAAUAAAAAAACAAUUACAAAAAAAUAUAAUUAAAACAAUAGAAAUAUAUAAUAAUAAUAAUAAUAAUUUUUGUUGA